AUGGAGAUCACUCGGUUAUCGGAUAUCAUCGCGUUUCGACAGCAUGCUUGCCAGUUACUGGACCAACUGUUGGAUUACCAAUAUAAUGAAGACAACGACGACCCUCAGCCACUGCCGAAGACCCCUCCCGGAUCCGCUCCGUCGUGCGCGUGUCCUCCGAUGCGAGAUGAAGUUCGACCAGUGCUAUACCAGGUCGUCGCGAGGAACUACGGUCAGGGAGUAGUUCUCGAGGCUAAAGAUUUCUUCAUUCCCGGCCCCGAUCACCGCGAGCUUUUGUGUAUUCCGUUAACGCAGGAUUCUGUCAACGUUCUAAGCCGGACCAAAGGAUUUGACAGGUCCUUAAUGUCAGUGAAAGAUUUUGUAUGGGUUCAAUCGCUACGUCCUACGCCUGCGGUCCUACGCAGCCCGAACCGAUCUGCCAUGCUCCGUCGUGCUAGACUUCCACGAUCUACCAUUCUAGAUACGGGCACGCCAUACUUCUUCAGAGUUCACGAAUUUAUGCUGGUACCACCACGCUCCGCACCUCGUUCCAUCUUCGGGUACGUCUUAUCGCUUAUGCACUCUGAACGGAGUGGCGAGGUUUGCGACAUACGCGCAGCAUUCGACGGAAUUCGCGAUUCUCUCCAAAUUCCGCCAUCAAUCUGCAAUUUACGCCUUUCGGAAGUCCGCCGCGACGAGCUCCUGCAAGCGGAAACGCGACCCAACGUGUCGACAGCCAUUCGAUUUUCGCAUUCUCCAGUAUCUCGUGAGGCCCAGUGGUUCUUGAUUAAUGCGGUACGCCCUAUUCUCCCCGCACAUCCGACUGAGGGGAUCAUGCCAUUGUCCGUUUCACGCCUCUCGCCUGACGACAAAACAUGGAUCGACGACCUCACAUCAUCCCUUACCAACUACGUCAACCAUCCACGUUCCUCUUGUCACCACAUGGCAAAAUUGUUCAGCGUCGCCUGCGCUGCAUUAUCGGCAACUAACUUCACUUUCGACGACAAGCAGACUCACCACCUCUCUGCUGUUGUGCCCAGUCUAGAAGCCUAUCCGGUUUGCUCGCAGGUGCGAAUACCACGUAUGAUAACGGCCAGUGGAUGGACACGCAGACGAACUGCUCAGGUGUGGAUCGUUAAUUCUCGAACUGUGGCCCGCACGACAAUCGCUCAUUCGGAACACGUCUUUGAGACCAGGACACUCCAUGCAGAACUCCACGCAACACCUUCAUCACAUCUACCACUCAUGCGUGCUAUUGACAGGUUCAGUAGGGUCCUACACGGCAUACGUUCUGUGGGCAUUUGUGUAACUUUGGAUCGACCAACUUCUGGCACGGACCCCGUUUUCGAACUCCGGAAGAACGGCUGUUCGCGGAUUCGAACUCUUCGUUGCGCGGUCCAGCCAACGCUCGAUUGGGUUUACGGAGCAGCACUCCUCGGACUUUAGCCAUAGAGGACGCCGACCCUGCGGAUUCUCCAUCGUCGGUGCGCUUCCGCGGCUCCCGCCUCCACCUUCGCGACGACCAAUGUCGAGCUGUAAACAUCUACAGACGUCCUGUCAGACGAGGAUAGAGAGGAGUAUCGGAUAGCAGAAAGGGAAAAUUCUGACGCCACGGAAGAAGCAGUGAAGGUAAUGAUGCGUGUACGGUUCCCGUCCAUUAUAUGUAUGACGACGGCGUCACUUCUCAAUUCAACGGCCAAAGGAGGACUAUUUGACGAACUGUUAACUGGCUGUACGGUGCUGAUCGUGCAUGAGGCGUCUCAAGUCCCAGAACCGGCCUUCGUCGCCAUUGCAGCACGGUUUCCUUACGCGCGGCAGAUAUAUAUUGGCGACCCUCACCAACUGGAGCCACACGUGCGGUGUUCCCGCUCAUCCCGUGCCGCCCAACUAGGUGCCAGAGGAGCGAUGGAUGUCAUUCUACGUAGCCGUAUCCCGACCGCUGCACUCACCACCUUCAGAGCCCAUUCGUCGUUGAAUGCCCUGCCCAAGUAUCUCUUCUACGACGGCACUCUGACCAGUGGAACCCGGGCUAGCGAACGCUGUCUUAUGACCCGAACACUCCGACUACCUAAUCCAGAUCUUCCGUUAGUGUUCGUUAAUGUACCAGGACGAUCACUGAUCUCUUUGUCUGGCUCGCAUCGCAACGAGGAUGAGGCGGAAUGCUGUCAGGAAAUCGUCCGUCAAUUAGUGGCGUUAAAUGAGUCUCCGCGGUCCAUCGCCAUUGUGACGUUUUAUAAGGCUCAGCAACAACUUUUGUUCAACUACGCGACUCAGCAAGGAAUAGCCCUACACACGGUGGACUCUGUACAGGGCCGUGAAAUGGACAUUGUCAUUGUCCUUACUUCUCGCACGGACGUCUCUUCGACCUCAGGAGACUUCUUGAAUGAUCCGAGACGGAUGAACGCCGCACUAACGAGAUGUCGUCACGGGCAAUUCAUCCUGGGAUACGCUAGGACUCUACGCACACUCCGCAACUGGGGACGCUUGAUCCAGUGGGUCGAGAACGCGCGCACAAUUGUCAGCACAGCCAGUCUUCCUGACCUUUUCGAUUAG